AUCCAGCAAGAAAAUAAGUUAUUUACAGAUUAACUAGUGAUACUUUUAAUUCAAUCUUUCUCCAGUACUCUUUCUCCUCUUCAUUAUAUGGCUCAAAUGACAGAUCCCCUAGUUAUUGGCAGGGUGGUUGGAGAUGUUGUUGAUUAUUUCUCUCCAAGUGUUAAGAUGUGUGUUAUUUAUAACCCCAGUAAGCAUGUCUAUAAUGGGCAUGAAUUCUUUCCAUCCUCUGUUACCUCUAAACCUAAGGUUGAAGUUCAUGGAGGAGACAUGAGAUCCUUCUUUACACUGAUCAUGACUGACCCUGAUGUUCCUGGCCCUAGUGAUCCAUAUCUUAGGGAGCACUUACACUGGGUAAUCACAGACAUUCCAGGCACUACAGAUUCCUCAUUUGGAAAAGAAGCAGUGGGAUAUGAAAUGCCAAUGCCAAACAUUGGAAUCCACAGGUUUGUGUUUCUGCUUUUCAAGCAGAAGAAAAGGCAAACAGUGAACGCGCCACUCUCCAGGGACCGAUUCAAUACUCGGAAAUUCGCCGAAGAAAAUGAGCUUGGCUCUCCAGUUGCUGCUGUUUUCUUCAACUGCCAAAGGGAAACCGCGGCCAGAAGGCGUUGAUGAAAUCAGAAAUACUAUAGUUGCAUUUUCUAUGUAAGAGAGAUGAUGCUAGAAUAAGACCUUUUGGGGUACUCUUAUGCAGCACCUGUUCUGAAUAACAAAUUAAUUUUAAAAGAAUGUACUUUCAUAAUCAAAGCUA